UUUCCUCACGAUUUCGUUGGCGUGUGCUUGUAAUGGUUGUAUUAUGUAAAACGAAGACCUUCAGUUUACGAAGGUGCUUCUCCGUCUCUUCUGCCCAGCUAGGUCACCGCAGGAGUGUACAUUCUUGCCCUACUUUCAGUUUGGACCCAAAAGUGGCCUCUUACAGUACAAGUCUCUUGUACCUUUAGCAAAGUGAGACUCAUUGAUGUUCCCCAGAAUCUUCUCCAAGUUCAUCACCAGUUUCACCAAAAAACCUACUUCAAGAAUCAUGGCACCCCUUCUCCAUGAAGUUGACACUCCAACAAAAGAAGCCACUUUUGGGAUGGCCUGCUUUUGGGCCCCAGACUGUCUGUUUGGAGCAACUCCUGGUGUGAUUAGGACUAAAGUAGGAUAUACAGGAGGUUCAAAGGGCACUCCGUCCUAUCAUAAUUUAAGUGAUCACACAGAAGCAAUUCACAUAGAGUAUGACCCAAAGGAAAUUGACUACAGCACACUUUUGAAAUUAUUUUGGGAAAAUCACAAUCCUUCCGCAAGAAUGAAACUUCAGUAUACAUCAAUGAUUUGGUAUCAUGACAAUGAACAAAAGGAAUUAGCUGAGAGUACUCUCAAAGAACAAGAAAACAAACACAAAUUACCUAUAGUUACCAAGAUUGCUCCAGCCUCCACAUUUUAUGAUGCUGAAGAUUAUCACCAAAAGUAUCGGCUUCAAGGACACCCAUGGCUUUGCGAAGCUAUUGGUAUGAAAUCUGGCGCCAAAUUAAAGAAUUCUCAUCUUGCUGCUCGGUUAAAUGGUUAUGUUAUUGGAUGUGGAGGCGUGAAUCAAUUCAAUGCUGAAGUUGGCAAACUAGGUCUUGACGAGAAAACUGCUGAUUACGUCAGAAAAUUAGUGAUUAAAAACGAAGGCAAUGGACUAACUUGCUAAAGGAUCUUCUGUCUUCAAUGACUUUAUUUUACACUUUUUUAAUUUAUUUAUUUAUCAUCUGAGGAUGUAUGAUUUAUUUUUCAUCCAUAAUACACCUUUUAUAGUUGAAAUUGAUUGAGCUUUUACCCUCUGUCAUUACUUACAGAGGAUAGCCAAAAUUUUCAAAACUUUGGCAUGACUGAAUCCUACAUUGAAUCACCUAUUUUAUCAAGGAACAGAUUUCAGUUGAUGGAGAUUCGAUCGUUAAUGAUUGGGAACGUUUUUAAAAUGUUUUUUUCUGAAAGCGUCUUGGAAGUAUCAAACUUUGAGAGUGUCUUUCAGCUUUGUCAUGAAUACAACCUAGCGUUUCUAGCAAAUUUCUAGCGUUUCCUCCCUAUCGUUCUCCAUAUUCUUAUAAUUUUUCUCAGUUCUGUCUUUCCUUACAGCUUUCUCAAAUAUUUUAAAUUUCUCAGAACCUUUGACUUCCUCCAAACAAGUCUUGCUUUGCUGACCUGAAAUAGCAGGAAAAGAAAAAGUUUCCUUUAAGCUAAUAUUUUAGUAAAAUUCAAUUUUAUAACGUUGAUCACUGAGUAAUGAGAUUAAAUUUUAAAAUGUAGCUUCAAUCUGACAAACACACUGAUAAUAUGGGACAUCGUUUACUUGACACGUGCAUUUACUUGAUGAGAUUAGCUGUUUAACAUCAUGUAAGUGAUCAGUUUUUGGUUUCAUCAGAUUUGUCGCCCAAUAUCAAACAGUUCCAUCAUCUGUUUCCUUUUGAAGAUUUUUUAACGUAAAAAAAUAGACUGUGAAUAACCGCUGCUAAUAUUACAUCACUUUUUAGACUCUGUACUUUCUGUCGCUAAUAAUUUUAGAAUUUCAAAAUUCUGAUUUUUGGGAUGUUGUCAUAGGAAGUGUGAAGUAAAAAAUGCUAAUAAAUAAAAAGAAUAUUAAAGUGAAAUGAGGCUGUGAAAAAAAAAAAAAAAAAAUUGUGGUUACUCCAUGUCUCUCAGGUACAAAUUUGAAAUUCUAUUUUUAGCAUGUCAAGUUUGAACAAUCUUUUUGUCAAUGAGAAGGCUUCUUCAAUGGGACACGUGUUUGAAAAUUAUCGUGUGGAUUUGAACACUGCUGUGUCUCCUGCUAUCUAUGAAGACAACAGGUAAUAUUAUCUGUCCAUUUUCAUUCGCCCAUUGUUUCCUACUUUACCAUUGUCACUGGCGAAGAGGUAAAACUUUUAUUCUUGGAACAUUUCAUAAUCCUCAUUCAGAAUCAUUGUUCAUUGUGCUUCAACUAUUGUUUACCAUGGGCUGUUAUGAAAUUAAGGGUAACCCAUCUCUUUUAUUUUUAGCAAGAAUCACAAAACCUUCACUUAUCCUGUUUUGAAAUCACUCUUCAAUCUUUAUGGUUAAUGCUUUUUGAACAUCAGUAGACAAUCUUUUUCAAUAGUUGGUAAGAGACGAUGCUGACUUUUGAUGGCACCAUGUAGCCAAUUUCUUUAAGUCAUUCCAAAUUCUUAUUUUCAUGCCAUUAUGAAAGAAUAAUGACUUCAAUCUUAUAGUUAUAUUUUUAAAUUUCCUCAUAAGAUUAUUUCUAUUUGUCUGUGGCACGGAAUCAAAUGAUACUUUUAGUGUCUUCAACUUAAUCAGUUACUUAUUCACCUCUGUUAAGACAUUUAUGGGGGUGGUGAACUUCUUAAGAGUGAUUUUGAUUUCCGUUGGAAGGAGUAUUAGACAAAUUUGUCAAGAAUUAAGAAAAACAAAUCUCUCUCCAGUUGGAGAGUGUGCGUUUCAAAUUUUUCUUUGCUGCUGAUGAUAAGUGAGCACAACCUGACCCCAUCUGAAUUUAUUAUAAUUUUUUGACUCCACUGUCCAAUUGAAUCAAGAUCAAUUCUAAAGAUGUUCCCACCCUCAAGCUAUGCUCCAAAUACAAAAAUAGUGUUAGUUUAUUAAUUGUUGACUUUUUUACAAGAUGUAUACAACUUUUGCCUGUGAUAGUCUCUUUCUUGUUUUGUCAUUCGUUUUGCAAUCUAAUCAAUAAAUAGCUCGAGUGUCACCAAA